AUGGCACCGGUUGAGACGGAAUACUACGACUUGCUCGGUGUCCCGACGGACGUGAACGACACGGACCUGAAAAAGGCGUACCGGAAGCAGGCGAUCAAGUACCAUCCCGACAAGAACCCCUCACCCGAUGCUGAAGAGAAGUUCAAGGACAUCAGCAAAGCAUACCAGAUCCUCUCAGAUCCGAACCUGCGCGUAGUAUACGACAAGAAUGGCGCCAAGAUGGUGGACAAGGAGGGCGGUGUCGGUAUGGAGGAUGCCGCAGGCUUCUUCGCGAACGUCUUCGGAGGAGAGCGGUUCAAGGACUAUAUCGGCGAGAUUUCCCUCAUGAAAGAAAUGACCUCGGUCGCGACGACCAUGAUGACCGAAGAGGAGAAGACCGAGAUGGAGCGCGAGAUGAACGGCGGCGUUUCCCCCGCCUCGCCCGCAGGCGCACCCGUCUCGCCAUCCCCUCUUUCUCCGCAACCCGAGGCCGCAGCCUCGUCCACCACCCCGGCCCCGGCACCCCAAUCUAGCACGUCGUUGGUAGCUACCCCCGUACGCUCGCCUUCACCCGCACGCGCAGCGUCCCCGGCGCCCGCUACCCCUGCCACAGCCACCCCGGCAACAGAGACGCCGCUCACAGCAGCUGCCAGGAGCCCAGCGUCCUCGUCAUCGACGAACCUAAAGGACAAGGAGCUGCACAAGGCGGAGAAGGAACGCGAGGCGCAGGGCAAGAAGCGCGCGAAGAUCUCGCCCGAGCAGCGGAAGAAGCUGCAGGAGCUCGAGGAGGAGCGCCGGAAGAACAUGGAGGAGCGGAUCGAGACGCUCGCGAAGAAGCUCGUUGACCGGCUGCGUCCGUUCGUCGAGGCGAAGCACCCGGGCCACAAGGACGAUGCGGAGACGCUCGCGUUCGAGGAGCGAAUGCGCAGGGAGGCGGACGACCUGAAGCUGGAGAGCUUUGGUGUCGAGCUGCUGCAUACGAUCGGGAACAUCUACAUGACGAAGGCGACGUCGUUCUUGAAAUCGAAGAAGUUCCUCGGCAUUCCUGGUUUCUUCUCGCGGCUAAGGGAGAAGGGUGCAAUGGCGAAGGACGCUUGGGGUGUUAUUGGGAGCGCUUUGAGUACUGAAAGAUGUUUGCAACAGGAAAUGGAGAAGCUCCAGGCCAAGGGUGAGCUCGGUGAGGAGGAGCUCCGGGCAUUGGAGGAGGACGUCACGGGCAAGAUCAUGCUUGCCUCUUGGCGAGGGACCCGCUUUGAAGUCUCACAAGUUCUCCGGGAGGUGUGUGCUGUGAGCAUUGAAAGUGUGUGUAUGUGUAUGAUACGGCGAUGA